AUGGGGCCAGACGUGUCGAGACGCCGGGCCAAGUCGGGGGUCCUCCCCGUCAGGUUCAAGAGCCUCGUCAACGACAUGAAGAGGCUCACCACCCGCCGUCACGAAGGGAAGAAGAGCGAAGGUUCCAUGUCCGACGUCGUUUCCGUUACCCAAGCGCCCAGUGUUCUCAGCGUCCCCGAGCCGACCUCCGAGCCGGAGCUGGUCCCGCGCCGCUCUCUAACCGAGUCAGACCUUGCCGUCCAGCUCACUAUCACAUUCGACGAGCCGCUUAGCUACGCCUAUAGUCGCAACUAUGAGGCAUCGCCCUCGCUCCGAGCCACUGAGGCGCUAUGUCAGGGUCUGCUGAGACGCAUAGAUCACUGCUGCUACGAGUUGAUUACUCGGAAGGACUCGACCGCCAUGGAAUACGCAGCAGCGAGUGGAUCAGAUAAGCCGUUGAGAUUUGAGAUCCAGAUCAAUAUCAUUCAAGGCUGGUGUGACGUCUGGGCAUCCAGGACGUUCAAAUCGUAUCAGAAGCAAACCCUAUCAGCCGAAGCCGCAAAAGAGGUCAUCAUAUCGGCUCACCAGGUGAUAGGGCUUUUUUUAAAGCACCACGACGAAGGGUUUGUCUUCACAGACGGCCCUGUACGAGACGACCCGCGGCAAGAGCUCGAGAAGUUCCCUCAUCGCGCGGGCCGGGUCCAACCCAUGGCGUGCGUGCCGCGCUCCUAUUUCCUGGAGAAGACGCAGUCCUUCGAGUCUAUACCGGGAUACACGAUCAACUUUUCGUUUACGAGUCGAUGCCACCGCCGGACGCCAUCCGAAUGGCAAACGUCGGUUGAGAUUAGCAGCCGUCAGACGGCGCCCCUCAAUUCGGUAGAGGCGGAGAAUUUGUUCUUUGAGGCGUCGUACGCCCUGGAAAGCGUCUUGAAAACGGAAAGAGACGAGUUCAACGCUCUUCACAAUCAAUGUAUGAAGGUGGACGGGUGCAAAGAUUGCCGGCACCACGACAGCGAUAGUUUGGAAUUGCGAUUCUCCGUCGUGAACAACAUCGGGCCCCAGUUCCCUAACUUGGAACGGUCCAUCCGUUGUAACAGCAGUCUUUCUUUCCAUUCCAAGAUCGAGGAUUGCCUUGCCUUCGUUAACCAGGUGGAGGUUGCUUUCGGCACAAUGAACGACAUCGAGUUUAGGAUUACAGAGCUUCGCGGCCACGGCUGGUCGCUAGAUGAGCCUCUCCUCUUCGUCUUGGGCGCAUCAAACACACAUUCUCGAAGAGGUGCUCAAGCGAUAUUGGAUCGUGUUCAAGCGGGCGUGGCGGAUACCUUGCGAGGCAACGCCACGUCAGUCCGGAUGACGGCUCACAAACGCGGCCACUUCAUCCUCGACAAAACAUUCGUAUCGCGAGAGCCCUUGGAGCCAGCCGGAAAUAAGAAAGCGAAGCCUCUACAGAAGCCCGCACAAAGGCCUAAGGCUUACGUUCUGGACCGACUGCGGCAGCAUACUUCCGCGAGUGUUAAAGAGUCUGGCGGUUCAGAGAAGGCCCGUUCUACUCACACGGCGGAUAUCGCCAUCCCUGCGAACGGGCUCGGGAUUGCUGCGCCGGUCCCACUAGACGUUGCAGACACCCCCGACGAAUUUUCUCGCCCAGCAUCAGAGCCUCGGAGUGGCGCCGCGUCCUCCAGCUCGAGGAGCAUCGCGGAGAGAGAGGGAAGGUCAGGAAGCACAGCGCUGGCUCCCACACGUACUGGAAAUGACAGCCCCGAAACCUCCAGCACCACCCACGAACCUGCUCCGAAAUCGCCAACCGUCAUCUACUCGAAGACGGGCGCCCAAGACGCCGCCACCUCGGACGCCCAGGGGGGCGAGGAGGGAAAAAUUUCAGAGCAGAAGGCUAUCACAUCUCCCUUGCCGACGGGCAAGGGCGUACCGCAGGCAGCCCCAGCGCUGACAUCGGGCCCAAGAACCCCGAAUGGAAGCACGAUAGGCGUUGAGGAGAAGGAGGUACCCCACGUAAGGAACGCGGAAUCAGGAGAGUCGGGAUUGACGCCAGUCUACGAGCCCUCCAUCGCCUCGUCGACGCCCAGUCUGGAGUUUAGCGGAGACGAGUCCCCAAAUAGUAGCUUACUGAUCACUCCCAAGAUCCACCACAUCCGCGCCAGCGUAGACUACUCCAAGGAUGCGGCCGUGUUCGACAGCGACGACGAGGGCCACAAAUACCCCGACGGUAUCGGAAGCGGGACGCAUCAGGACCCGCCCAGGAACCAGGCCCAGCCGUCGCCUAUACUGCGACAAUCCCCUAGAACCCGCCCCCUGUCGCCUCUCCGCGCCACCCAUUCCGCGCAAGAACAGGGCGUGAACGGGGACCAGGAAAGCGAGGGCGCCAACCCCACAACCGCCGACCCGACAGAAGAAACUUCGACCGCUCCAGGCGCGCCGAACGGCGACGCCCACAUCCCCUCGAUCAGCAUACAAGCGCCGGGCGCCGCGUCCCCAUCGACGCCGUCCGCGGAGAAGGAAGACCCGUUUGCGGCCGGCGCAGCCGACGGAACCCCGGCGAACGACAACAACAGAACCGCCGAGCCAGCGGCCUCGACGCCGCGGCGCGCGAGCGGCGGGCCGACCGCCAGCACGUCUUCGUUCGCGCAGACGAAGCCGGACUUCGACUUCUCGAGCUCGCCGACGGCGACCACGACGUCGGAGGUGAGCUACUCCUCGUCCAACUACGACUACGCCACGCCCGUCAACAGCGGCUCCCCCAGCAAAAGCGGCGGCGGCGGCGACGACGACGGCAGCCCCGCAGAGGCGACCACGCCUCGGGACCCGCGCGAGAAGCACGUCCCCUGGCAGCGGCCGCCGCGCGAGCCGAGCCCGAGCCCGAGCCCGCGCCGGGCGCUGCACUCGCAGCGCAGCGUGUUCGGCAGCGCCGGGUACCUCGGCCUCCACGAGCAGGCGCAGCCGUCCGUGUUCGGCGGCGCCGUCGUGGACCUGCGGUCGGCGCUGCUGCGCUCGUCGCAGCGCGGCGCCUCGUCGUCCGCCGCGGCGGCUCCGCCCGCCGACGCUGUCGACGCCGACGCCGACUUGGACGUCGAGACGAGGCUGCCCGGGACCGCGAUGUGAUCGUGUCUAUCCGCGCAGAGAAGAGAAGAGGCGAGUGUGGGGACGACGAGAGACGGGCCGGGAACGGGGGUGUCGGUGGGGAUACCAAAAGUCGUUCCUUACUCUAAUUCAGCAGCUCUCCGCUGGGAAAGUUCCUUUGUAGCUCCUUUUUUUUUUCUUUUGUAUUCCGGAUGGACGAGGAUCGACGUCUCUUGCUUUCGAUCUCCUCGGUAUAUAUAUAUCUAUGUCAUCAUCUACUGUACAGAAGCAUAUUGUCGGGGCCGCGAGAAGUCGGGAAUAAGGGGGGGAGGCGACAGGGACGGUCAUUCAGCUUGGCCACCACGCAAAGCAACCAAGGGGGAGGAAGAAAAGAAGAAGGGACAGGUCACACGACAGAUAUAUAUAUAUAGGUAUAACAGGCAAGCAAGCUAUAGCUUGGGGGGGGGGACACCGGCGAUGGCCUGGUAAAACUAGUUGUACCAUAUUUAAUUUAAAAAAAAAAAAAGAGAGAGAAUAUAUACUAUCUAGGAUGCCG